CUCAGAUUGGCAGUCGCCGUAUCACAUUGCUCAGCAUUUGCAUAUAACAGACAUCUCUUCUGUUUUUUCCCCGCCUACCUGGUGGCAUAGUAACCACUUAUCUCUUGUCACUUUAAAAUUCCCACUCUGAUUGAAACUGAAUGGCAGCUUUUCACUUUGCCUCUGUCUCUUGUAUCCCAGCCCUGCUUGACAGUAUUUUAAGCAAUGUUGUCUGAGAGCUCCCUGUUGGACAAACUAAGUAAUGACACAAUUUCCAACAGACAAAAAUGUUUUCUGCAUUGUUUAUUUGGUAAAAGUUUUCAUAUCGGCAAAUAUAAGGCAGAUACUGAUCUAUUUGUAAAAGGCUCAUUUUGGCUGAUAUUGUUGGCCAACUGAUACAUCAGUCAGACUAUAAAGAAGACAUUGGUUAUGGACUGUUUGAACAAAUAAAAGGUUUAAGACAAUCAGAGGCAAAAAUAAUUGCGCCUCCAGUGCACAGUUUCCUUUCCCAGAGUGUGACUCGUCUGCACGACGUCACCAAUGCGACCAUGGGAAAUAGCAGUAAAUAGGCUGCCACCAACAGCCCCCUUAAACCCAAGGAGGUUCCUUGGAGAGCCCUGCAACGUUCCAGUGCAUCUCAGGAGAAGCCCACCAGUGAGACGCCAGUGGGGGAGACGAGACAGGCCUGUACUGCACACUUCCCUACUCCAGGAUGAGAACUUCCAUCAUCUGCUUUUCUCACAGCAUCAACAACAGGUUCCUUUAGAUGAGUCCAGACAAUACAGCCACACCAGCACACCGCCACGCAUGCUUCACCCAGCUGCUCAGCUGCCUCAGCAGAGCCCAAUCAUGGUGGAUCUACAUGACCAGAUGCACCAUGGAUCCAUUCCAAUAUCAUACACAGUUACGACGGUGACGACCCAUGGGUUUCCCAUCCACACCGGGCAGCCCCUUCCGGGUUGCAACACUCAGCAGCUCCCAGGAUGCUCGGUAAUGUUCAGCGGACAGCUCUCUCUGCUCUGCUGCCUUCCUCCUCCUCUCAUACAGGCAUGUGCCAUGCAGCACAUGCCAGUGUCUUAUCAGGCCUUCCCACCCAUGAUUUCCAGCGACCAUUUUGUAUUGCACCCAGCCCCAUCUGUGCCCUCCCACCAGCCGCCACACCUUACUCCUUUGAGCCAGUUUGUUCCUUUACAGCCUCAGCACCCACGAAUGCCUCUGCAGAGGGUAGAGAACGAAGUUGAACUUAGAGGGGACCAGCACUCAUUAGGGACUUUCUCCUACCCUCCAUCUCACCAUACACCAGCGCUGCCUCCAUCUUUGCCCCUGCAGUAUCUUCCUCAAGAGCCUCUGCAUCAGGAGCUUCCCUUUGGAGUGCCAUAUCCCCACAUGAUGCCCCGGCGAAUGAGUGGACAGAGAUACCGGUUACAGCAGCCUCUCCCCCCUCCCCCACCUCCUCCGUCAUACUACCCCGGUUUCCUCCCGUAUUUCCUGUCAAUGCUUCCUGUGCCUCCAACAGCAGUGGGUCCAGCCAUCAGUCUAGACUUGGACGUAGAUGAUGUGGAGAUGGAGAACUAUGAGGCAUUACUAAAUCUGGCGGAGAGGCUUGGCGAAGCAAAACCUCGCGGACUUACUAAGGCAGACAUAGAGCAACUUCCAUCCUACAGAUUCAACUCAGAAAAUCAUUUGUCCGAACAAACGCUGUGUGUCGUGUGCUUUAGUGACUUUGAGUGCCGGCAGCUACUUCGGGUGUUACCUUGUAACCACGAAUUCCAUGCCAAGUGUGUGGAUAAAUGGUUAAAGACCAAUCGCACUUGUCCUAUCUGCCGAGCUGACGCUUCAGAUGUGCACAGGGAGGUGGAGUGAGAAGCGUCUCGGGGUGCUGAACUGGAAAGGCGCACACACACACACACACCAGAGUCCGUCCCGAUGCUGGGGACACGUCAGUAAAUAUUGCUUACCAACCCACUACUCCUGCCCAUUAACCAAUAAGCAAUCCAGGAUUGUUUGUGGAGCCUGUUGUACCUCUGCUGUGCUUCGUUGUGUGCGUCUCAUGAAACCCACUGCCUACUGCAGCGUGUAGCCAGAGUCCUGGGGUCGCCAGCCAGUUCUUUCUCUGCCCCCUCGUUGCAGAUUCCAAAGAUAUUCCCAACAGUACAUUGUUCGCUGCUUUUGUUUACAGGGUUUCAUCUUUAUUUUGAGAGGGUUUUUUUUUUUCGUUGUGUAUGACUAGUUUGGGGAGGGGGGGCUUGGAAGAUGAAAGGCUGGACAGCAUUUUUUAUUUUAUUUAUUUUUUUGCGUUUUGCAGACGUAUAAUAGGAAUACUGCAGAGUGGCUCUAUGUUUGGAGGCAGCGUGUCGCCACCACAGAUCCCAUGUUUGUGUAGGUGCUGGGAAACGUGGCUAAUAAGUAUGUUCUGCAAUAAUGUAUCAAUCAUUUCACAAGUUUUUCCCUGUGUUUGUUUGGAUUUGCCAAUGCUGUUGUGAAAGUGUGACUUGCUGUGGUUAAAGACAGAUUCUGUUUAAGCCUGGUGUUACGGGGUACGUGGCUGUGGGGGGGUGAACUUGCGUCCCACAUAACACCCCCUCCCCCCGCGUCAGCGGACUCCGUCUGUCCGAGUUUGGCCCAGCAUUGACUGCACAAGUGCUACAACCAUCCUCCACGUCAGCUGUGUUCAUCUGGCAAGUGUGCGUGUGCAUAUUGUGUACGUCCUGUCCUAAGAACCAAUGCAUUGUGUAACCACUGGACACAGGGCAGCAUGCUAGGAUUUGCAUGAACUGUUGAUUCAGACUAGCAAUAUUUUAAUCAAGCGUUACCACCAAAAUUAUCCAAUUUAAGAAAAAGAGGAUACGUGCUAAAAAGAACUGCUUGCUUAUUUAGAAAGCACCGGCGAGGGAAGACUAGCAUGAGGUUCCACCGCGGCGGCAGCAACGAAAGGAUGGAAGUCCCGAUCCUCCGGCUGUGCUCACUCCGUGCAGCUCCGGGAGGCUCACUCGGGAAAGCAAUAUGUGCAGUGGAUGGCAAGUUUUAAAUGAACUUUUUUCUUCCCCUUUUAGGGAGGCUGGGCUUUUUAUUUCUUUGUUUGUGAGCCAAAUCAUUAUACAGAUAUAGCCUACUGUUCAAGAUUUCAAAUCUGCCUUCUUAUGACCUUGACAAGCACAAAUCUUAUUACUAAUCCUGAGAAUACUUUUGUCGUGUCCGCUUGUUUUACAAGUGUGCCGUUUUUACAAGGUUUAUUUAUUGGUUUUCACUUGUAGAGGAAGUUUUGUUGAAGGAAACAGUCGGAGCACUAACAGUGUUUGUGUACGGUGUGCGUUCUGGUAACUUGGUCAGGUCAUUGUCUUAGGCCAUAGUAAUGGUGUCGUAAAAAGAGCAAUUGUUAUGUAUAGCUUCAGUGUGUAUGCAAUUUUUUUUUUUGAGAUAAAAGUAUGAAGACAGAAGAAUGUUGAAAACCCUUGUAGAAGUCACUGGUGAUGCUCCAAGUUAUGCCAACUUCUUGCUUCCUACCGAAAGGAGUUUAAACGACAGGUGGAGCUUUCAGUCGUAUAGAAACACUGACUUCGAGGUCCCCAUCCCCGCCAAAAAAAUAAAAAAUAAAUACUUGCGUGUAAAGUCUUGGGGAAACGUAACACAUGAGCUUUUGCUUUGACUUUUGUGUGUAACUGCCCAUUAAGCACUAACUGGCAGUUGUGACUUUUUUGUUUUUAUGUGGAAAGAGUUCUUGCCUUUGUUUGUCUUUUCUUUAGUUUUAAGUGAAUGUGAGUAUCUUUGGCGUGUGUGCCACCUUCAAGAGAAAAAAUAAGCCAUUUAAUGAGUUAAACCCACAGCUUUGAGAAUUAACCUACGUGUACAUAUCUAUUCGCUGGCAUAUAUUGUAAGUUUAAAAAAAAAGUAUCACUCAGGGCCUCUCGCUAUAUAAAAAUAAAUAACAGUCCAUUUCAAAUGGAAAAGGAUGCCAUGAAAA